AUGCCUACAGAGUUCAUCAGUCUCACAUUUCCAAAUGGCUCUACGGAGCUCAACCCCAUUCCGGGCGCCGGCAUUGACCUGGACUACCUGAUCCGGUACGCCCGAAGCCUGGACGACUAUGAAUUCAAUUACACCCUGGUGCCGUACGGCUCAUCCUUGUAUGACCCUUUCACCGUCGGCGCAACAAUCGCGGCUGUAACGAAGAAGCUCAAGGUCAUCAUUGCCCUGCGGCCGAACACGUUGUACCCCACCGUCGCCGCCAAGGCCCUGGCCACGCUCGACCAGCUCAGCAGAGGUCGCGCUGUGGUGCACUUCAUCGCCGGCGGCAGCGACGCUGACCAGGCUCGUGAGGGUGACUUCCUGAACAAGGAGCAGCGGUACGAGCGGUUAGAAGAGUACAUCAAGAUUCUGCGUCGCGCGUGGGCAACUGCGGAGCCCUUUGACUGGGACGGCAAAUAUUACCAGUUCAAGGAUUUCAGCAACGGGGUGCGGCCGUUCAGCAACAACCACAUCGACGUCUCGGUUGGCGGCUCCUCUGACGAUGCGUACCGCAUCGGAGGCGCGCUCGCCGACAUUUUCGGCCUCUGGGGCGAGCCCCUCAAGGAGACGAAGGAGCAGAUUGACCGCAUCUACGCCGAGGCCGAGAAGGCGGGCCGCACCGACCGCCCGCGCAUCUGGGUGACGUUCCGUCCCAUCGUUGCCGAGACGGACGAGCUGGCCUGGGCCAAGGCGCACCGGACGCUGGACGCGCUCAACAAGAACAGCCCCAAGGGCACCGGCCUCAAUGCGCCGGCCGCCGGCGCGCCCCAGAACGUGGGAUCCCAGCGUCUCCUGGAGAUUGCCAAGCGCGGUGACGUGCAGGACCGCGCCCUUUGGUAUCCCACGGUGACAGCCACAAACGCGCGUGGCGCAUCAACGGCGCUGGUCGGUUCCUAUCAGACCAUCAUCGACUCCCUUCUGGACUACGUCGACCUUGGCGCGGAGCUCAUCUCCAUCCGAGGGUACGACAACUACAAUGAUGCUGUCGAUUAUGGGCGGUACAUCCUGCCAGGCGUGCGGGCUGUCCUGAAGCAGAGGGAGCAAGGCACACAUGACGACCACCUCACGAUCACCACCACUUCAUCCUCCCUCACCACACAAUCCCUCCCCAUCAUGUCCUCACCACCUUGGGACUACAUCGCCAAGCUCGUCUGCAUAGGCGACUCGGGGUGUGGCAAGUCCAGUCUCACAAUCCGCCUCUGUGAGGGCCGCUUCUCCCCGCAUCACGACGUGACCAUCGGCGUCGAGUUUGGCUCCCGUAUCGUCCCCGUUGGGCCCCCUCACUCCCUGCCGCCGCCGCCACCAGCCGCCAUCCCAACGACCGACGACGACGCCGCAGAUUCCGCCUCCUCAACACCCCCAGCCAACGCACCGGCAAAACCAGAAGGCCUGCCCGAACCCCGCCGGGCGCCCCCGCCCCCCUCCGCCGCCGACGCUCCGCCCCCGCAGAAACACAUGAAGCUGUCCCUCUGGGACACGGCCGGCCAGGAGACGUACAAAUCGGUGACGCGGUCCUACUUCCGCGGCGCCUCGGGCGCCCUCCUCGUCUUCGACCUCUCGCGCCGCCAGACGUUCGAGCACGUCACCGACUGGCUCAACGACCUGCGCCAGAUUGCCGAGCCCGACAUUGUCGUCAUCCUCGUCGGCAACAAGGCCGACCUUGCCGCGACGGGCGACGGCAGCAGCGGCACCGACAAGCGCGAAGUGUCGCGGGUCGAAGCCGAGGCGUGGGCGCGCAAGAACGGCGUGCUCGAAUACGUCGAGACGAGCGCCAAGAGCGGCGAGGGCGUUGAGAAGGCCUUCAUGCGGGUCGCCGAGCGCAUCUUCUUGAAUAUUCAGGCCGGCAAAUACGACUUGAACGAUCGCCGGUCGGGCGUCAAGGGGCAGACGGCGGGCGGGAACAAGCAGAUCCUGCUGGGCGAUGCGGCCAAGGUUGGCGGCGGGUGCUGUUAA